CCUGCACUUGCACACCACGCCUGAAAUCUUCGGGCUGCUCCUUUCUUGUAGGAGCGCGAUCAGCUUUCACAACUCGAAAACUUACUGUCUUCGCGACAUCAUCUCACAAUGUCGUGGCGUAGUCAAGGCAUCACGGGUUCUAAUAAUAUUCCUCUUGGAAAUCGUCGUCGGUUCGGCGGCGACGGCAACGGUGACUCGCAGAAUGAUAGCCCCGCAGAUUCUCCUUCGUUCGGAGAGUCGGGCAAGCGUGGACGAAGUCCUGCCAGAGGUAUGUUGUCCGCCCUCCCCCUCUGGUGUGUCACAGUACUGACGGCCUACAGCUGAACCUGCCGCCGACGACGGCGUGAAGAGGCGUAGAAAGCGAAACCGAUGGGGUGAGGCCGGAGAGAACAAGGCCGCAGGUCUUAUGGGCCUUCCAACCAUGAUACAGGCAAACAUGACAGCAGAGCAACUCGACGCGUAUACACUUCAUCUGCGAAUUGAAGAGAUCAGCCAAAAGCUGCGGAUCAAUGAUGUUGUCCCUGCCGACGCAGAUAGGUCACCAUCGCCACCACCGCAGUACGACAAUUUCGGCCGUCGAGUCAAUACGCGCGAAUUUCGAUACCGCAAGCGCCUGGAGGAUGAACGACACAAGCUCAUCGAGAAGGCUAUGAAGACCAUUCCUAACUACCACCCACCGUCUGACUAUCGACGACCCACAAAGACGCAGGAGAAGGUCUACGUGCCAGUCAACGAUUAUCCCGAGAUUAACUUCAUUGGUUUACUUAUUGGACCUCGUGGCAAUACCUUGAAGAAAAUGGAAACCGAAUCAGGAGCCAAGAUCGCCAUCCGAGGCAAAGGCUCUGUCAAAGAGGGCAAGGGAAGAUCUGACGCAGCACAUACUAGCAACCAGGAAGAAGAUUUACACUGUUUGAUCAUGGCCGACACGGAAGACAAGGUCAACAAGGCUAAGCAGCUCAUUCACAAUGUCAUCGAAACGGCUGCUUCCAUUCCUGAGGGCCAGAACGAACUGAAGAGGAACCAACUCCGAGAGCUUGCAGCACUCAACGGUACCCUUCGAGACGAUGAGAACCAAGCUUGUCAAAAUUGUGGUCAAAUCGGACACCGCAAGUACGAUUGUCCUGAACAACGCAACUUCACUGCCAACAUUAUCUGCCGAGUUUGCGGAAAUGCCGGCCACAUGGCUCGC